AUGCUUCCUGCGACCGUCACUCGCCGCUGCUCGAAUCGAGCCUUACUUAGCUACAGCGCCAGACGCCUGCUGCAUGCGACUGUGCUAGCUCGCAACUUCGUUGGGCCUCCCGACCCGGUGUCAAAUCUACGGCCAGUGAUAUAUGACGAUGACCUGCCGUCCCGGUCGAGCCAAGCGGUCACGCAUCCUUACUCCCUCUCCGAGUUCAAACCAGAUGAAGCGGCCGAGGAACGCGAAGAGAUGGAGUACCAAUACAAGGCUGAACGACAGCAAUUAGACAACUUCAACCACCGGUUCUGGACAGACAGUAACACGAGGUUCGAGGCGGGAAAAGCGGCAGUUUUGUCCAGUCUGCCCGCUGAUACCUUAGCUGCUGACCGCGAACGCGCUCUCUCCGACUUUUACGCCAAGUGGAUUCAACAAGAAAAGCACAGACAGGAAGAGUACAGUAAACAAUAUCGCGCGAAGAACAUAUCGGAGAUCCAGUUAGCAGCACGAUUGCACUACCAGAAACUGAGGAUGCGGAUCGCGAACGUUUUGUCGUGA